ACCAACCAGUGCUUCUUUCGGGAUGUCAACAUCACCAGCUCGCUGUUUACGUCUCAUGUCUCUGCGUCUGCUACCUUACUCCUUCCCAAAGAAAAAUAAGACGGAAUGGAAAUUCAAAGUGACCGAGAUUAUUUCUUUGGAGACAUUGGCUGCUGGUCUGAGAGGACGGAGGUGCACAAAGCUGCGUCUCAGGGCCAGACGUCCCAGCUGCAGAGUCUGAUCCUCAGCGGAGCUUCAGUCAACGUGGUGGCGGUCGACUCCAUCACCCCGCUGCACGAGGCCUGUCUGCGGGGACAGACCCAGUGUGUCCGCCUGCUGCUGGACGCCGGAGCCCAGGUGGAUGCGAGGAACGUGGACGGCAGCACCCCGCUGUGUGAGGCCUCCUCAGCGGGGAGUCUGGAGUGUGUGAGGCUCCUUCUGGAACGAGGCGCCAAAUCCAACCCCGCCCUCACCUCCAGAACCCCCUCCCCCCUCCACGAGGCCUGCAUGGGAGGUAAAGAAGACUGCGUGAAGCUCCUGAUCGCCAUGGGUGCAAAUCUGGAGGCGUACGAUAUUUACUACGGGACCCCGCUACAUGUAGCUUGUGCUAACGAACAUACAGAGUGUGUGAAAGUGUUGCUCAACGCAGGUGCUAAGGUGAACGCGGCCCGGCUUCACGAGACGCCGCUGCACCACGCUGCUAAAAACAAGCAGGUGGAGAUGGUGGAGAUCCUGGUGGAGUUCGGAGCCAACGUCCACGCCAGGGAUCAUCACGACAAGAAACCUGUAGAUUACACAACCCCCAGCUCCCCCUCUGCUACCUGUCUACAGUUUUAUGAGACCACCCCCAUGAACCUGCAGCAGCUCAGCCGGCUGGCUUUGAGGGCGAUGCUGGAAACCAGAGCUCUGGAAGUCAUAGAAAAACUGGACAUACCUAAACUCAUCAUCGGCUACCUGUGCUAUCAGUGAGGAGGAGGAGGAGGAUGAGGAGGAUGAGGUGUUGAGUAGGUAAAAUGUGAAACCUCAAAGAGCUGCUGCACAGAGAAACUCAAAGGUACCAUUUAAUAUGGGAAUAGGGGAUGAGCACUCUGCUUCUCAAUGUCAAUGAAUGCACGGAAUGAUAAACACACUCCGGUGCUACACUUCACAUUUGAGAAGGUUUUCUGAACAAUGCAGAAAGUCACAUUCACGUCCUACAACUACUACAAUUUCCUCACUCUCACGAGAUCUCGCGAGACUUCAUGUCAAGUUCUCAUUGCAAACGCACCUUUCAUGUCGCAAUGAUGACAGCUAUUGUCAAUCAUUGGAAACAUAUUAACAAUAAACAACAUUGCUCUCUAAACUAACGCAAAGAAAUGUUACAAAAGUCUCCUAACUUCCACUAUUAAAUGACCACUACUCUUUUUCCCAAGUAGUUACUUUCAGGACUUUUGGCUGUUCUCACUUCGUUCUCUUGUAGCCGCCAGCAAGCACACUUAGCUUACUCUGCUUUGAAGAGGCCAUCUGUCGGCUCUCAUAUGAAGUUCUGCACCUGCUUACUGUUGGUUUGAUCUUUACCAAGUAUCAAAGCACAUGUUAUGCUUUCAAACCCUCGUCCAAAUCUUUCAUUUCUGCCCUUUUUUGCCCUGGCUUCACGAUGCUGGCCUGAAUAUACGCAGCUCGUCUGCUGCACUCCAUAAAUACGCCAACAUGGCUGUUACACUUUAAUCAAAAUAUAAAUUCCUGGCAACCUAUCAUUCCCAUCAUUACAAGUGACUUGUUUUCAUGGUACAAAAAUGCAGCCUGGUUCAUUUUUAUCUCAGCCUGUAAUAAAUAAUCCAGAAGCACAGAUCUGCCCUUCUUCCCAUGGACUGUUCUCUUUAAGUCUUAAAAUAUCCGACCCUGAUACCGACGGGGUUUCUUCUUAUAGCUCCUUAACAGCAGAAGGACUGGAAAAAAGCAGAGUAGAGCAGGCAUGCAGGGAAUGUUAUCUAAGAUGAGAAAUGAUCCUUGUUUUGCUUCAGGUUGGUUUGUGUGGAUCUCUCCUGCUGCUGCUCCGUCGGGUUAAACAUAUUUUUGUGUGUCUUAUUCAAGUGAAUAAUGUCUUGAGGUGCUGAUAAAUCAGCGCAUGGACAUGCUUUACUGUUAGUAUUUAUCUUAUGAAGCUGUACAGACGUGUUGCUUUGAUGGUUUAUGUUAAUUUAUUGAAUACAUUAUACUGUUGGUGUGCUUGUUGCACUUUAUAUUUUUGCAUGAAUCUGGAUUUCACAUGUUUUCUGGACUGUAUGUCCUCAUUGUGGCCAUAGUAAUAGUCAAUAAUGAUUUAAAGGUGGGGUAGGUAAUUUUGGAGAAACCAGCUCGAGUGCGCUAGAAUUUGAAAAUACAUAACCGGAAAAAAUCUGCCACUUCCUCACAGAGCCCCUCCUCCAACACACACGAACGCGCACAUGACCAAUGAGGGCACGAGGUA